AUGAAAAAGUCUGGUAAAGGGAACCUCCAUGUUGUGGAGGAGAUCUACAAUAUGAUACCAGCAUUUACUGAUGUUUUCUCAGAGGACACAUUUUAUGUGUUUGUGGUCAUAUUUGUAUCAUGUACAUUUAUGGUUGCCUUUAUUUUGUCUAGAUUUAUUACAUUAAAACCUGUAGAUUAAUGAAAUUAGUAGUUAUAAUAAAAUUUAAAAUGUAAACAAAA